ACAAGGGGUCAUCAGCAUGGAUGAGAAUGGGAAGACUGCAUUGGAUAGCAGCAACAAUGUAGAGGAUAAGAAAGGGUUGUGUGGCCAAAGCUGUUUAUCACUUUGUCAAGCAAGAAAAAGAGGAGGAUUUAUGGCAAUGAAAGGAUGUAAACCCCCUCAAAGGCCUAAAAGAGAGCCAAAAUCAUCCAAAGGACUUUACUUAUGUUAUCUUGUGGAAAAGGAUUUCCUAGAAUUUUCGGGUUCGAUUUGUGCAGCUGGUGAGCCCUGGGCAUGGUUGACUGAUAUGUGCCAAGAAAGAUAUGAAGUUAGGGAAAAGAAGAGUUCUAAGAAGAGACCAAGGGGAUUGAAGGCCAUGGGGAGCAUGGAGAGUGAUUCAGAUUGAAGAUUAUUAUAAAGCAUUCAUCCAUGGCAGCUGCAGCAGGAGCAUUUUUUUCUCUGGUUUUUUGGGAGGAUUUUUGCAGCUAAUGUUGAUGGUGUUGUUAAGAGAGAUUUAAAUAGUCUUCUGCUAGCUACGAGGUUUGGUGUAUAGAAGCUUAAAUUUCUACUUUUAUGAAUGAAAAUAAUUCUUCUCAC